AUCAAAAUGAUUAAUAAGAAAAAAUUCUGUCAUCAUUUACUCAUUAUAAUGACUUAUUCUGUUGAACAAAAAGAAAGAUAUUUGGAAAAAUGUUAGCAAUUUUCAGUUCUGUGACAUCAUCCAGUACCAUAGUAGGAAAAACAAUAUUGAAUAAUUUUUUUGUUCUGUUGAACACAAAGUGAGAUAUUUUGAAGAAUUUAGGAGCACAAAUAGUUCUGGGGCACCUUUAAUCUUUCCUACAAUGGCAGUCAAUGAUGUCACGGAAUUGAAAACUGCUAACAUUCUUCCAAAUAUCUUUCUCUGUGUUCAUCAGAACAAAGUCAUUUAAACAGGUAUGAAAUGACAUGACAUUUUCAAUUUUGCUAUCACUUCAACAUUUACUAUGGUAACUGCAGCUUUCACCCAUUGUCACUGUGUUCAUUUACAUUUAGUCAUUUAGGAAACAAUGGAAGCAAUUGGAACAACAUAAGGACAACGAAAAGCAUAAGUGCAAUAAAAAAACAAUAGAACAGUACAAUAGAAAUGUGGUGACACGAGAUUUCAAUGAAUGUUUUGAGCUAUAAUAACUACUGUACUGUACUGUAUUUUAAUAAAUAUACUUUAUUUGUGUAUACGCAGUCUCGUGAGCUCUCAUUAGUUGAGAGAUUUUUUUCAAACGGCAGAAACUGUUUGCUAUGGUAAAUGUUUGCAAGGGUUCCUUGACAUGAUGUGUUGAAUUUCUUCGGCUUGUGUUGAAAUCUAAAGGGAUGUAUUCUCUCUCUCUCUCUCUCGCUCGCUCGCUCACUCUCAGAGGGAUGCGGGAGGUUUGUUUGCCAGGUGUCCUGGAGACAGCGUGGGUUCGUUUAAAAGCACAACAGGUUCUGUGAGUCACGUUCUCCCGUGUGUGCGUGAGAGAGUCACAGUAUGAAGACUCCGUCUGAGACAGCGUGAUGCGUCUCGUCAGGAUUGACCUGUAAGAACACUGGAGCGGGUGUCAUGCCGUACCUCGUGCACACGGCUCACGCUCAGUUCGUGGCUCUCGUGCUCGGUACGGUGGGCUGGAUCCUCACCAUAGUGACUAUGGGAAUGGUGGAGUGGAGGGUGUGGGAAGUGUCCGCCCCGUCCGUCAUCUCCUCCGGUCUGGCCUGGGUGGGCAUCUGGAGAGUGUGUUUUCACAGCAACGCUCCGAUCCUGUCAGAGAAUGAAAUCCUGUUUUGUCAGAAGAUUGGUGCGUUUGACCCGUUCACUCCUCCUGAGAUCAUUGCCGCUCAGGUGCUGAUGUUAGUGGCUGUGAUUCUGGGGCUGAUGGGUAACGUCAGCGUGGUGUACGGCCUCAGGAACAUUUACUUUGGAUUUAAUCAGUUCAAUCGCAUCCGUCUGGCUCUUUCCGCUGGAGGUGCUCUCUUCAUUCUCACCGGAGUUUCUACUCUCGUCCCAGUCUUUUGGAAUCUCAGCUCUGUUGCACACAACCAGACUAUUGUUUUCCCCCCAGCGUUCCGCAUGCCGUCCGCACCUGAAAAGCAGCACAUCGGCCCGGGGAUCGGUGUUGGGAUUGUGGCGUCUUUUCUGGUAGUUUGUAGUGGGCUGAUCGUUCUGUCUUACAGGGUUCCAGUUGGUUCGACAUGCAAAGUGAAACCAGACGACAAACACAUGAACGAUGAUGGAACAGACAAUCCUGCUUUCACCAGAACAGACGAGUGACCGCAAACUACAUCAUAGUGUAGACACAAACAUCUAAAUUGUACAAAUUAAUUCUGUACAAAUUAAAACACAUUAAUUCUACGAAUUGUAAAUGUUUUUUGUGGUACCCUGAAUAUUUUUUCUUUACUUCUAUACUGUUUUUUUCUACUGUUUGUACGUAUUAUUGCUUUUGCAGCAAUACAGAAGUGUAAAAACUGCAUUUUUAUCAUUUUUUUCUAUAGCGUGUUUUGUUAUAGAUUAUUGUUGAAAGGUUUCGUUUACCGUCCUCACUUUGACGCCUUCAUUUAUCACAUCAAAAUGAUGUUUAAUUAAAAGUUGAAUUUAUGAAAAUGAAUGCGCGCUGCAGAUAUUCAUAUGUGUUUAUGAGGACGUGUGAAUUUAUGGUUUUCUUUAAUGAUUUAUUGGUCAACAUUCAGAGAUGCUCAUAUAUAUGAUGACCACAUAAGUAAAUGUUUGUGUAAUGUUUAUUUCAAGUUUUCAGGUUUCGGUCCAUAAGACACUCUUGUGUGUAAAAUUACAUUCUGGCACAGGGCUUUGUUCAAAACGGAUUAAGAUUUUAGUUAAAUGGUUCAAUGUUGUUUGGUUAUCCUUCAAAAUAUCUUCUCUUGUGAAGAGUACAUCAAAAGAAGACAGAAAGUGUGUACUGACUUUAUUC